AUGGAACGGUGGUGGCAGCUCCUGUUAGGGCUGUGGACAGUCACGCCGCCCACCUGGGCUGGGGACGAGCUGCUCAAUGUCUGCAUGAACACCAAACACCACAAGCAAGAGCCUGGCCCAGAAGACAAGCUCUACGAGGAGUGCCUCCCCUGGCAAGACAACGCCUGCUGCACGGCGGGCACCAGCUGGGAAGCCCACCUAGACGUGUCCCUGCUCUACAACUUCAGCUUGCUCCACUGUGGGGUGAUGAUGCCAGGCUGCGAGAAGCACUUCCUCCAGGCCGUCUGCUUCUACGAGUGCUCCCCGAACCUGGGGCCUUGGAUCCGGAAGAUGGACCCGGGCGGGCCAGGAGAGCGAAUUCUGGAUGCGCCCCUGUGCCAGGAGGACUGUGAGCAGUGGUGGGAAGACUGCCGUACAUCCUACACUUGCAAAUCCAACUGGCAUGGCAGCUGGGACCGCAGUGCGGGGAAGAACCGCUGCCCUGCAAGGGCCGUCUGCCGCCCUUUCCCCCAUUACUUUCCCACCCCGGCUGACCUGUGUGAGAAGAUUUGGAGCCGCUCCUUCAAGGCGAGCCCCGAGCACCGGGGCAGCGGACAGUGCCUGCAGAAGUGGUUUGAGCCUGCUCAGUGCAACCCCAAUGUGGCUGUGGCCCGCCUCUUUGCCAGCACGGCCCUGUCCUGGGAAGCCUCCUACAUGCUCAUGGCCUUCUCCCUGCUCCUGUCGUUCCUAUCCCAAAGCCCCUUCUUCUCCCACCCGCAGUCCUGUGCUCCCCCCGCUGUGGGUCAGGCUGGGCCACAGCAGCCCCCUUUCUUGGGCCCUUCAAAUGGAGCAGCACGGGCUGGGGGGUAG